ACCGCAUAAAGCCGCACGGGCCGCGGCGACCGGCAGUCGUUCGGGCCGGUCGCGCUGCAGAGAAGCUGCUCCGAUGCUUCGGAGCUGCCAUGGGCGCCCCGCACUGGUGGGACCAGCUGCGGGCCGGCAGCUCGGAGGUGGACUGGUGCGAGGACAACUACACCAUCGUGCCUGCCAUCGCCGAGUUCUACAACACGAUCAGCAACAUCUUGUUUUUCAUUUUACCACCCAUCUGCAUGUGCUUGUUUCGUCAGUAUGCGACGUGCUUCAACAGUGGCAUCUACUUAAUAUGGACUCUCUUAGUUGUAGUGGGAAUUGGAUCUGUCUACUUCCAUGCAACCCUUAGCUUCCUGGGUCAGAUGCUUGAUGAACUUGCCAUCCUUUGGGUUCUGAUGUGUGCUUUGGCCAUGUGGUUUCCCAGAAGGUAUCUGCCAAAGAUCUUUCGCAAUGACCGGGGCAGGUUCAAGGCAGUGGUAUGUGUCCUGUCUGCAGUUACAACAUGCCUGGCGUUUGUCAAGCCUGCCAUCAACAACAUCUCUCUGAUGACCCUGGGUGUUCCAUGCACUGCACUGCUCGUUGCAGAGCUCAGGAGAUGUGACAAUGUACGUGUGUUUAAGCUGGGCCUCUUCUCUGGCCUCUGGUGGACCCUCGCCCUCUUCUGCUGGAUCAGUGACAGAGCCUUCUGUGAGCUGCUCUCCUCCCUCCACUUUCCCUACCUGCAUUGUGUGUGGCACAUCCUCAUCUGCCUCGCUGCCUACCUCGGCUGUGUGUGCUUUGCUUACUUCGAUGCCGCCUCGGAGAUCCCUGAGCAAGGUCCUGUCAUCAGAUUCUGGCCCAGUGAGAAAUGGGCCUUCAUCGGUGUCCCUUACGUGUCCCUCCUGUGUGCCCACAAGAAGUUACCAGUCAAGAUCACGUGACGGCAAGACACUGGCUGGCUUCUCUGCAUAUUUCCACUGGGCUUUGUCUGCUAGCAGACGGCCUAAGGGGUCGAAGAAUCGGUGUGGGCAUGUCUGGGUGUAUCUGUUUAAAAUUCUAUUCCUUUGAGCUCUAACUGGACCACUGGCGGAUGGGUAGUGGGGCUGGGCCUGUUCUUUCCCAGGAAUGAAAGGCAGGGCUAGGAGAGAUGGAGACUUAGCUUCAGAGGGUAAAAACCUCUAUGCCAAAAAACUGCGUUCCACUUUAAGCACAACGUUUAAAUGUUGGCAUUAUUUCUGCCCCUCCCUCCAGCCCAGCAGCCUUAUACCCACAGAGAAUUAAUUGCUGUGGUGUGAAGAUCCCACACACAGCCCUCUCUCUUUGCCACUUGACCCCUGCCUGUACAAUACCAUAGGCUCCUUUCAGUCCCCAAGGCAGCUCUAGUUUUGAUUAUGGAGCAAAUGUGAAGGGUUUGGAAAGUUUUUCUCACUCGAAGUCUAGGAUGUUGUUACCCCCAAGGCUGCCGCCUUAGCCUCUCAGCUGUCUCCCCUGGAGGUGUGUCCGGGUGCUGCCUCUUAUUUCUCAGAGCAUUUGACUACUUACCUGCCUUUCUCAGAUGAUUGGCUGGUUGGGGUCAGUCUCCAACCCUAAAGUCACAUUAGCUACAAGCAAUGUCUUUAUUGGGUGGAGCCUCCCAGGCUGCCUUCUGGGUAUGAGGUAGGAGCCUUGAACCUCAGGGAUAUUUGCUGUAACUCAGGCAUCUUCUACUUUUUAACUUUCCACUGUUGGGCAUGUGGAGUCCUCACCAGGCAGGCGUCUGCCACUGCCUUGAGUAGAAUGAGCAGUUUUCUGAAUUUCCAGAAACUCUCACCUGGUUAGAAUUUUCACAGGAUCCAAAGUGUAAACUGAACGUAGAGUUUAAAAUAACUUUAUUCUACUUUUUUGGUUUUCAAGUUUUAUAAGUAACUUGUUGAUCUAUUUCCUGUUUGUAGUAACAAGUCUUUAUAGAAUACUAAUGGUAAAAUAAGUUGUCUUUUAUUAAAUUUAUAGCUUUUUACUUUACUAUAUCUUAAAGUAUAUUUAAAAUGACUUUGAGUUAAAUGUUCUUGGAGACCUUGUGUUCAUGGAGUAGAACUGCUACUGAGUCCGUUGGGUUCUAAGUCUAGACUUUUUUUAGAGGGAAAAAUUAAAACAUCCUCAUUUCUUGUUCAUGUUACCAGGCAUGAGGUCUGGUCUCAUCUAUUCUGCAGCAUAAAAAUGUCCUAAAGAUACUCAGCUGUCUUAGUCUGGAACCAUAGAAAAGCAGGCGUAGGAGAUGACUUGUAAAGUCACGGUUUAAUUUGACCUGAGGGUUCUUUUGGACAACAGCAUUGUCCAUAGGACUUACCCCUUUGGGCCUCUGGUGACACCUCUUACCCUCAGCCCCUAGAAAUAGGGAUAAAAUGCUUUUGAUGGGAUAAAAUGUUUUGAAUAGACUUAGGUAAAGGAAGUAAGUGCUCUGAUUCAGUAGCCAGCCUCUCUGUGAGGCCUCUCAUGUGACAUCAUGCCCUGGCUUGGGGUGGAGUAUGUUUGAGGACAAACAAAACUUUUUUCUGACAAAAAAAAAAUCAAAAAUUUUUUUCUGACCAAGUUUUGUUCUAGUGUCCCAGGCUGGCCUCAAACUCACCAUAUAGCCCAGGCUGGCCUUGAACUCAUAGUGAUCCUCCUGUUUCAGUCCCAAGUGCUAGGCAUAAGCUACCAUAGCAAACCAUAACUCUUCUUUGAUUAGAAAUUACUAUAGCAGGGCUGGAGAGAUGGCUCAGUGCUUAAGAACACUGGUUGUUCUUGCAGAAGACCUGGGUUCGAAUCCCAGC